CUGCACGCUGGAACGGUAGUAUCAGCUGCUGAACCUCUCUUAGAACAUUGAAAGGUUCUGGAAGCAAUGAUCCUCCAUAUGGGAAAUCUAAGCCAAGGUGAAUCCAGGCAGAACAAAAUGCAAGUUUCACUUCCAAUCCCUCCUCCUCCUUCUUCAGAAACGAUAAGUGCCUACGAACCUCCAUCCUGCGUACCCAGUUACCAAGAGCCCAGGCAGCCUCUAGUCUAUGGAGCCCAGGAGGAAAGUCUUGUUGAUGUCUACCUUCACCCUGAGCCUCUCUCAGACUCCAGCUUUAGCAUAUUCCAGAACCAGUCUAUGUGCUUCCAGGAAGAAGCCUUCCAGCCAUCUCCCAUCUUCUACCAGAACAUGACUCCAGAAUCACCUUCAGAUUCAUCCGAAAUGUCAAACUCUUUUGAAUACUCGCCAAGUUACCAAGGCCAAGAAUUUGUCCCCCAGAGCUACACCUCUCCUUCUCAUCAGGACAACAGGAGGAGUUGUGCAUAUGCUGAUAUGGAUUAUCCAGUCUAUCAACAACAGAACAAUUCCACCUUCUGUUACUGCGCUUAUUGCUGCUCCAUGGACUGUCGGGAGCCAGUGAACACACAGGAAUCUUGUGCCUACUCUAAUACAGACUAUAUGCAAUAUCUGACCUCAUCAGAAGAUUUCCUCACAACGGAACUCAACAUCUACAAUAUGUACAGUUAGUCUUCACCUAGAGCUUAACAUACAAAUUGUUAGCCCAGCCAAGCAAAAAUGACAAAUUGAUUUCAUUCAUUCAAAUGAUUUUAAUAAUAUCUGUACAUGAGCAUCAUAGUGAUAUCUUAUAUGAAAAUGCAUCAAUACAUUCAAAUGGUAACUGCAUAAAACAUCAGAAACACCCCAGGGAAGACUAAUGUUGUCCAUGCCUUGCCAAGUUCAUAUGGUUCCCACCUGGAUGCUGCCCAAUGGUACAGCAUGAUCGGCGACAUUGGGUUUCAAUAUGCACAAUCCUUUAUGGACGUUUAUUACCCCUCUCCCCAUUGUAUGGGGCUGUCAGAAGUUCGUUGGCGGACUAAUGUCUAUCUGGCAUGACCUGCUUUAUGCACUGUGUUAUGCCUAGUGCAAGGUCUGUAGGGAGUGGGGUGUCCCUGUGUCAUGCACCGCCCUCCAAAUCCAUGCAUUCGGUAUAACUAAGUAUAAAUAGGUACUGCUUUUACAUUAAGUGCUCCUGUAAAUAAAGAAAUAGCCAUUUUGUUGUCAGCAUGCUACUACAAAACAAUCUAUGCAAAUAGGAUCAACCUUACAGGAUAUACACAGUAGAGGAGGGGCCUCAUAUUAAAAACACCCUUUCUGAUACGGGUUUACAGACAAUCACUGGAUGAAGGAACAAGUAGA